AUAGUCGAAUGCAGCCUGGUAGUUCCUCAUUUUUUGGAAGUGGUGGUCUUGAGAGAGAGCUUGUCCAUGAAAAUGAUAACUCUUCUCAUCAUCCUCUCAAUGGUAAUAAGCGGUUGAGGAUGGGUGGCCCUUGGGAUGGUAAGAUGUCAGGUGGUGACUUUGAUUCGUGCAUGGAGCAAAUGCAGCACUGGAUGGAAAAGGCUAAGAUGGUGUAUACGCAGAAAGAACAAGUUUGCGAGCAAUCGAUGGUUGACCAGCGGAUGUUACUGGAUGAGUUACAGCAAAGGGAGGAGGUGAUUGGUCACUUGCAGAGGGCCAAGGCUGAAGAGCAGCAGAAGAGAAAAAUGGAGAUGUAUCGGCUUGAGCGUGAACUCUAUGUAAUGGGAAAGCUCUUGGAUGGCUAUAGGAAGGCUUUGAAGGAAACACAAAAAGCAUUUGCUGAAUAUAGAGCACGUUGUCCACAAUCUGAUGAGCCACUCUACAGGGAUGUUCCUGGGUCAGGUGGUCUUGUUUUGAGCACCAUGGAACUGGCGAAGCAACGCCUAAAGAAAGAAGAAGAGGAAAGGAUGACCCGUCUGCUGCUUGAAAGACAGAUUAAGGACUUUGAAGCUGGGUGGGUUAGCAAAUUUGAAGCACACCCCAGAGUGUUGAAUUACUGAGUAACAGGUUGCAAGAUGUAGAGUUGGAAGUGAAACUUCUGAUUGAACGGAUUGCAAAACAGAGGAUUCCAGAAAUACCAGAAUCUGCUCCAAAUGGAAAUGAAUGAUGCUUGGUUACUGUUCUGCAAACGUAUGCUAGAAAGCCUGGUGCAUCGUUUGACGGGAUUUGGAGGCAAUAUACAAGGAAGAUCAUUGUUUUUUGCAGUGUUUGUUGCUGACAUUAGCCUCUUACUUCACUGGUAGUCAGUCGGCUUUAUAUUGUAGGUCAUAUACUAGCUCGUACUGUAUCGGUAGUAAAUAUAUUUGAAGCUUUUGCACAUCAGGAUAUGCUUCUCAAUGCCAAUGAAUGAUAAACAAGCUGCUUAAGUUA